UGCAGGCUUUGUUUUCGAGCUGCAAGUGAGCGAGUGCAGUCGCCAUUUUGAGGGCGAGUUGCUGAUCCGAAAAGAGGUCGUAAAAGCACGAGAACAUCGUGUAGAAAUAACUGUAUCCUAUUUCAGGACUCUCAAUACCGAGUUUGCAAGGAUGCGGCAGUCGAAGCGAAUGCGCUCUCCGGACGGCUGGCUCUCCGAGUACAGCUGGGAGGAUAGGUGGGAAGAGCGCAAGCGCCAGAAGAGAGGCUCGCAUAGCAGCGAGAGGGAGAACAAGCCGAAGAGACACCAGCACCACUUCAGGACCUACGAAGGGCAUUAUCUGGAGACCAGGAGCUUGAACAAGAGGCCGGACUACAAGGAGCCCAGAGCGCGCGAGGCCAACAUGGACCUGGCGGGGUACGGGGACGGCGGGAUUGGCGGCUGCGGCGCGGAGAGGGACAGGGACUGGCACCACUACAGCAAGUCCUCCGGCCGCAGCGUGCGCAGUCGCCGUAGCAGCCACGGCCGUUGCCGCGGGCGACAGCACAGCUCCUCCGACCGUCGCUCCGACUCGAGGAGCCACCGCAGGAAAAGAUCCAGGAGUUUUGAGGAUGAUGAGGAGGGUCACCUGAUCUAUCAGACUGGACACAUGCUGAGAGCAAGAUAUGAGAUUGUGUGCACUUUAGGAGAAGGCGCCUUUGGGAAGGUCGUGGAGUGCAUUGAUCAUUCAAAGGGCGGCGCUCGGGUUGCCCUGAAGAUAAUUAAAAAUCUCGAUCGCUAUCGGGAGGCCGCCAUGUCCGAGGUGGAUGUGCUGGAGCAGGUGAACUCGCUGGACCGCGAUCACCAGUUCGCGUGUGUGCGGAUGCUGGACUGGUUCGACCACCACGGGCACAUCUGCAUCGCGUUUGAGCUGCUGGGCCUGAGCACCUUCGACUUCCUGAAAGAGAACGGCUUCCUGCCCUUCACCGUCGAGCAGAUCAGGCUAAUGGCCUACCAGAUCUUCCGAGCCGUGCGUUUCCUCCACCAAAAUAAGCUGACUCACACCGACCUGAAGCCUGAGAAUAUCCUCUUUGUGAAUUCAGACUACCACAUCGAGUACAAUCCCAAAAUGAAACGAGAUGAGAGAACCCUGAAGAGCUCUGAUGUGAAGGUGGUGGAUUUUGGCAACGCCACCUAUGACCACGAGCAUCACACGUCCGUGGUCUCCACCAGACAUUACAGGGCACCGGAAGUUAUCCUGGAGCUGGGGUGGAACCAGGCGUGUGACGUGUGGAGUCUGGGCUGCAUACUGAUAGAGUAUUACCUGGGCUUAACGCUCUUCCAGACUCACGACAGUAAAGAGCACUUGGCCAUGAUGGAGCGGGUUUUGGGACCCAUCCCGAGCCACAUGCUGCACAAAACCAGGAAGCGCCGUUACAUCCGUCACGACAAGCUGGACUGGGACGAGCACAGCUCCUCUGGGAGAUACGUGCGGAAGCACUGCAAGCCGCUCAAGCAAUACAUGUCGUCCAAGAGCGAGGAGCACGAGCAGCUGUUCGACCUGAUCCACAGGAUGCUGGAGUACGACGUGGCCCGGCGGGUCACCCUGGACGAGGCGCUCAGGCACCCCUUUUUCGACUCCCUCAGGAAAGGGAAGAAGUGACCCCGCGGUCCCCGGGCGCCCAGCAGUUGACCCGCCCCGCCCCGCCCUUCACGUGCUCUCCUGGGGAGAUUACUAUAGACUGCAUCAGUCCGCUCUGAGAUUACCUUUAGUGUUUAACUUAUGCCCGGUGUAGGAACCUGUACUGUAAUUACUUUUUUUGUGUGUUCCUUGUUCAUUCGUAAAAUAAAACUUGAUUAGUACAUUUUUUUCAAAAUUGUUGUGCAAGUGCGGGUUUUUAAAAAAAUAUUUAUUUUAGCAGAUUUUAUUACAGGACUCAAAUCUGAGGAUUUUUGCUUCAUGGAACUUUUCUGCCUAAGACUUUUUGUUAUUGAUGUUAUUAGUAUUGGCACUGAAUGCAUCUCUAAUGGGACUAUUGAGUAAAAUACUCAGGUUCUGGGAUUGGCAGCAGUAGGUGUGAUAUGAUGUCCAGUGUCUCCAAAACUUUGGGUUUGUACUGUCAACAAUCACAGUACCCUGACUGAAGACAACUGUAAGCCAUGUCUUGAUGCAGAUCCUGUUUGAAAAUUGGAUGAGAUUUUCAAACUAAAAUUAACUUUUAAGCUUUUUUAAUGUUUCUUCCUCCACAAAGAACUUGUCACAGUAUUGUCCGAUUUUGUUCAGAUUUUGACACCACCUGGUCACGGUGGAUGUUUGCAAAAUAACACAUGCACACCCAAACUUUUCAAUGCAUUUAGCACUUUUAUGAAAAUGGGCUGUAUAUGCAGUCAGACUGCUGCUCCUGGCUCCACCAAGCCACACCUGAAUGAAAAUCAAAUGUAAAAUCA